AUGAGUGCGAACGCUUCGACCGGCGUUUUAGAGCGUUGUGCCGUACGAGUAUCCGUUCGAAAGGUAACGAUAACAACAACAACAACAACCGACGGACGAUGUUUGUCUAGCGGUGGUGAUGGUGGGGGUGGGGAUGGCGACUCGUCUGCUAUUCGGCCUGUUUUCUUCUCUUUUAAAAAAAAUUUUCGGCGUGAUUUUGAUGACUGUUUAGGUUUCCCUGGUACAAUGGAAACAAUGGUUUGGUAA